GCUUGAUCAUCCUCAGACAGUUUCAAAGAUGGCUCUUGCUAGUGUGUUAAACAGUGAUUGUGCGGAUUUUUCUUUUGAUAAAUGUCAGCCUUUUAGUUUUCGAUGUGGGCCCGGACAGAGCGGGGUGGGCUUCGACUCUACGCCGGGAGACGGGCUCAGUUUCUCGGUUAAAAACCCGCUGUUAGCCGGGGACGACGACGGUGUCGAGAGGAAAAUAGAGUUUCUGCAUGGAACCACCACCUUAGCAUUCAAAUUCCAGCAUGGUGUCAUUGUGGCGGUGGACUCUCGGGCGACAGCUGGCUCCUACAUCGCCUCACAGACAGUGAAGAAGGUGAUCGAGAUCAAUCCCUACCUGCUGGGUACCAUGGCUGGAGGAGCCGCAGACUGCAGCUUCUGGGAGCGCCUGCUGGCCCGCCAGUGCCGCAUCUAUGAGCUUCGUAACAAGGAGCGCAUCUCUGUGGCAGCAGCCUCCAAACUGCUUGCUAACAUGGUGUACCAGUACAAGGGCAUGGGACUGAGCAUGGGAACCAUGGUGUGUGGCUGGGACAAGAGAGGUCCAGGGUUGUACUACGUCGACUCAGAGGGAAACCGGGUGUGCGGCGACCUGUUCGCUGUUGGCUCAGGCUCCAUGUACGCCUACGGUGUGAUGGACAGUGGCCUAAGGCAAGAUCUGUCCGUGGAGGAGGCCUGCGAGCUUGGUCGCCGCGCCAUCUACCAGGCCACAUACCGUGACGCAUACAGUGGAGGGCAGGUCAACCUGUACCAUGUCCACAGUGAGGGAUGGACCAGGGUCUCCCAGGAAGAUGUGCUCAUGCUGCACCACCAGUACAAGGAGCAGGCAUAGUCAUAAAAAUGAAGAAGGUAGGGAGAGAACAGGGAGGGUUAGGAGUUUAUUCUAGUAUCUGAUGUUUGAGAUAUUCUGAAAAUGUAAGAAGGGUUGACACGAAUAAAAAGGACUCAUCCGCCGAUUGAUUUCCACUCGUAUUACUUCUCUGACACAUUUCGACUUGUUGCUAGCUUAAAGCUUUUAAGUGUACAUUUUUGAGAAUGCCAGUGUGUUCCGCUCUUCCCGCACACAGUAUGACUUGGGCUGCAGAGAGGGAGGGUGAUGACUCAAACAUGCUUUAAUACAGUGUGGGAGUAGUGUGUUGCUUGCCCUACAUACAAUUCAUUUGGAUCUACCCUGAGAACCCACAUCUUUCACAAUAAAACCUAUGAUGUUCUUUUUUUUC